GUCACCGUGCUGUUGCUGUGGCUGGCGAGCCUGCCAGCGAGCGAGCGACGGAUAACAUGUCUGCGGGCUCAGGCGGCCCAGCGUCGGGACCCGGGGGCCCCGCGGCGGCGGUAGCAGCAGGUGUGGGCAACCCCCGCAAGUUUAGCGAGAAGAUCGCGCUUCACACGCAGCGGCAGGCCGAGGAGACGGCCGCCUUCCACGAGGUCAUGAUGGACAUCACGUCGACCAGGCUGCAGGCACAGAAGCUCCGGCUGGCCCGCACCCAGGGUCCCUACUACGGCGGCUCGCUGCCCAACGUCAACCAGAUCGGCCGUGGGCCACAGGACCUGCAGGGCACCUUCCCGCCGUCGCUGGAGUCUGCUCGCUCCAUGCGCCAUCACGGCCUGGUGGAGCGUGUCCACAGGGAGCGCCGCUUCGUGCCACCCAUCAGGCCCUAUCGCAGCCGCCAAGCGGACAACUCUCCUUACAACUCAGCCUACUUGUCCCCCCCACCGGACCCCGGCUGGAGAAGGAAUUGGUCCGCUGGAAUCUUCCCGGGGGAAAAAAGCCACUUGUUACGUCUUCCAAGCGCUGCGCUCAACAGGACCAACUCUGACUCGGCCCUCCACACCAGCGUGAUGAACCCGCCAUCGGGUGAACCCUUCGCCGCAGGAGGUCACGCCCUCGCGCCCCAUGGCGGAAGACGCAACGGUGAGAACCCUGCCCACUCUGAGCCUCUGCCAAUCAAAUGGCAUUGUUCCGCUGUGUCACCGCACCAACCUUAUCUGUCCUUAGUUUUUCCAUACCCCGUCCCGCCCAUCGAGGAGAAUGUGCUGGACGACACCAAGCUGGUUGCUAACAAGGCUUGGGACGCCAAGAAGUUUCCUGUGAUGACCUCCCGACCAAAGUCAUGUGAAGUUCCCGGCAUCAACGUCUUCAUGUCGCCCGAGCUGCCGUUGGCUCCUGCCCACGGCGUCCCAUCGGCCCUCAACAUCAGCGGCUCUCUGCCAGACCUGUCCAGCCUCCACUUCCCCUCGCCCCUGCCCACCCCGCUGGACCAGGACGAGCCCGCUUACCCUGGCGGCAGCACAGGCAAUCUGGCCUCCACCCUCACCCAGCUGGGCAUCAACGUCGGCGGCGCCGAGGGAAGCAACGGCGCCUCCCACCGUUACCAUCAGCCGAGUCUGCUGGGCUCGCUCGGGGGCGCGGCGAGCAACCCGUCCCUGCAAUCGUCACUGAGCAACCCCAACAUCCGGGCCUCGCUCAGUAGCCACUCUUUCCGCAACUCUCUAAGCUCCGCCUCCUUGCAGUCGUCGCUCAGCAACCCCUCGCUGCAGUCGUCCCUGGGCUCCUCUCCCUCCCUUCCCUCCUCCCUCAGCAGCCAAUCACUACACUCGUCCCUCAGUAGCUCCUCCCUGCAGUCAGCCUCCGGCAACCCCGCCUAUGGUGGCGCCUUAGGCUCCGCCUCCUACACUCCCUCGCUCAGCACCUCACCGCGCAGACGGCCGCAGCCCUCGCCGCUCAUCCUGCCCGUUUUGGGUGGGGAUGCCCGGCGACAUCACGCCAAGCAGUUCUCGCCCACCAUCUCGCCCACGCUGUCCUCCAUCGCGCAGGGUGUGCCGCUGGACACGAGUAAGCUGCCUCUGGAUCAACGCUUACCGCCAUACCCUCUGGGCCAGCAGCCACCCCUAGUGAGUCAGCAUCAAGCGCAGACACAGUUGGUCCAUCUACCGCAGCCGCCGCAGAACCUGCUCAACACUCAGCACUUUGGAACGCAGCAGCAGCAGCACACGAGCAGCUCUCAUGUCAACUCGCCACUGGCGAAGAACAACAGCGCCUUGGAGGCGUACCUCCACGGCGCCUUGACCUCCCAGUGUCAGCUCAAGCAGGAGGCGGAGCAAACUCGGAGUGCAAACUUCCCCCAAUUGCACUUGACCUCCGACCUGUACAACGACGCCUUGCUCAAUUCCUUGCUGGAUGACUCGUACGUUAACCUGCAGCUCGGCGGCAAAGCCGGCCCGCAGUUUCCCUCGGAGAGUCCAAGUGACAUCCUGGCCCACAGCGUGCUGAGCGGCAGCCAUGCUGACACCCAGGCACUGCAGCGUUCCUUUGAUCAAACUGUACUCAACCAGAACCAGAAUCUCAACUACGGCGGAAGCGCUCGCCAGAACAUCCCCAACAUCAUCUUGACAGGUGACUCUUCUCCACCGGGUCUGUCCAAAGAGAUCGCCAGCGCCCUGUCGCACGUGCCAGGUUUCGAGAUGAGCCCCUUCUCUCUCGACGACCCGCUGCAAAUGGACGCACUGGCCCUGGACAUGCUGGAGGGAGACCUGAUGCUGGCCGACCCCGCCGUAGAGGACUCCUUCCGCUCGGACAGACUCAAGUGAGCCUCGGCGGAUGGAGCAAGCUCACCAAGUGGCUGGCGCGCACAAGUGCGCACAAGGUGGCUGCUAAACCUCCGACGGAACUCAAGAUGGGGAAUUAUGGAAUUUGGUCAAAUUGAAACCAUUUCAAAGGCCAUUUCUUUGCCCUCCAUUCAGUCUGCCGUGCAAUGGUUCCCCCCCCUCUUGGGAUUGGUGACCCCCAUAGCAGCCUCAUGGUUCUCCGUGACCAGCGUACAUUCCUUCUACCAUAAUUUCAUGGAGAGCCUCUAAGUGCAAGUUUGUUUUGUCCGAAGCAGACACCCAUGCAAAUUAGAUGGCUCCCUUUUCCCGCGUGACCUCCACCCGUCGCGCUCGAGCAUUUCAUCGUUGGUAACCUAUCAAAAAAGGAGACUCAUCUCACCGGGGGGGUUUUGUUAAGCGGCAGCAGAAUGUGGGUUACUCUCACCAAAACCACCGGUUUCGGACCAAAAAGAGAAAACAAGCGUUUCAAGAAGAUCGUCUGUGUUGUCAACGGGCACCAAUUGGACUUUGGGCGUUCGUCCCAAAUCCUCGCGGUUUCUGGGGCCGCUUGGCCAGGUUGUGCCACAUUCCAUCUCAUCUUUGACAAGAAGCUCCUCGGAAUGUGCGCGCGCAGGCGUGCGCACACGCAGGAGGUCCGUCAAGUCAAACCCAAGAAGAGAACUAAUGACAGCCAGACCUUAAAAAAAAAAACUUUAAAAAAAAAAAAAAAAAACCUAAGCCUCAGGCAGACGCGUCUGAUCAGCUUUUUUGUUGAAAAAAAUCCUAGGUGAGGGAGAGGUCGUUGGUCGCGUCAGCAGUCAGGCCAGAGCUUCCCCUUUGCGCAGGAAGUGCUCGUUGGAAAAUGUCAAAGCCACAUUCGUUGACAAGCAAGUCACAUUGAAAAGUUUCUUUAGUCAAGCUUAAGUGCAUGCUUGCGCACGUGGGAGCGGAUUAUGCAAUUGAUCAGGCAGUCGCAAUGCAGUUGUAAACUCUGCCUGCCACUGGGGGACUGUAGAGGGCUCAGCCACAGGCCUGUGCGUGCACCUCCCCCAGCAUGAACUAAAGGCCGUAUUUCAUAAGUUGUCACAUUUUUACAAAGGUUUGGGCCAACCUUCACGCCUUUGGGCUCGCGCUUUUAGGCCGAACUGCGUUCGUCCGCGUGUGUUGUAAUAAUUUGUAAUAAGCAGGGAUGUUUGUAUAUAUGAAUGUUUGCAAAGCAGCUAACAAGAGAUUUAUAAACUGUUACGUCACUUUUUUUUUUUUUCCCCCCAGAAAAUAAACGUUAUGUGAACUUGUCA